UCAGUGAAGCAGAGAGCCUUCAUACUGGUCACAGAUGUCGCUGAGGGGAAUGUGAGUGCGAUCGGCAGGUGGACCUCCCAGAUUUGCCUCUCUAAAAGGUGCACCCUGGGUCAUAGGCAUUUAGACUCUCUGCUGGUUCUUCCGUCCCGUAGAUUCCUUCUCCCAGCAUCUCUUUCUCUUCCCUUUCGCUACUCUGGCUCAAGACACCCACCUGUGUCUCACCUCCAGUACUCACUGGCUUGUCUACCCUCCAACGGGAUGUCUUCUCCUGCUAAGGAGAUACUUCAUGCCAUUUCCAUUGAGUUUCUUUCAGAUAGUGGACCUCAUUUUGUUUUUCAGGUUUGGAAGACUUUUUGCUCUUCUCAUGGGGCUAAACCACAGCUCCUCACCCACAAUCCAAAUGUCAGUGUCUCCACAUUUCCCGACUCCACCAUUCCCUCCAUCAGGACUCACCUCAGGAACUGCCGAAUAAUUGGGACCAGACCAUACUUCAGCCUAAAACACAGAUGCAUUCCGGCUUCCACCUUUCAACCAGGUCAGAAAGUUGGCCUCUCUUCAAAAGAUUUUCCUUUAAAGGCUUACCCUAAAAAACUCUCUCCCAAGUAUCUAGGUCCAUUUCCUAUCCAAUCUGCCAUCAGUCCAUCUGCUGUUCCUCAUCAGCUUCCACCUCAUCUUCAAGUCCAUCCUGUUUUUCACAUUUCCCAGAUUAAAUUAGUCAACUCCAAUUCCUCUCUAAGAGGUGCAUCUUGGAUGCUAAGCAUUCAGCCUCCCCACUGGUCUUUCCAUCUGUGGAAUCCCUCUCCUGGCAUCUCAUUCUCGUCCCCCUCACUGCUCCAGCUCCAGCCUCGUAUGGAGGAGUCAAGAAGGCAACAGCACCACUGGUUCAAAGUGCACGUCAUGCUACAGCUCAACGUAUCCAAAGAGAGGCCCUGCCACUUCUGCAGUUAUGGCCCUGAUGCCCUCCCACACCUGCCUGGGAUUAGCCGUGUCUGCAAAUCUGGCUUCGAUGCGCCUCCUGUGAUGUUGUUUGGCAGACUUGAUGCCCCUCCUCAGCGCAGUCCUGGCCCUGCUGUAUGCCUCAUGGUCACCAGACCUAAAAGCACGAUUCCUAGCUCUGAGGAGCUGCUGUAC